UUUUGCAGAAUGUGAAAGCUCCGCCUCUACAACUUCACAAACCGCAGCGAGUACACCUGAACGAACCACAACUCAUAAACUAGCACAUAAAUACACCUCAACGCAGAAACCAACAACAACACGUACAUUGACACAUAAACAAACAAAAACGCAAAAUCCAUCCACAAAGCAUACAUUGACACAUAAACAAAUAACAACGCAGAAACCAACAUCAACGUAUAAAACGACACAUAAACAAACAACAACACAGAAACCAACCACAACGUAUAAAACGACACAUAAACAAACAACAAUGCAGAAACCAACUACAACGUAUAAAACGACACAUAAACAAACGACAACGCAGAAACCAACCACAACGUAUAAAACGACACAUAAACAAACGACAACGCAGAAACCAACCACAACGUAUAAAACGACACAUAAACAAACAACAACGCAGAAACCAACUACAACGUAUAAAACGACACAUAAACAAACGACAACGCAGAAACCAACUACAACGUAUAAAACGACACAUAAACAAACGACAACGCAGAAACCAACCACAACGUAUAAAACGACACAUAAACAAACGACAACGCAGAAACCAACCACAACGUAUAAAACGACACAUAAACAAACGACAACGCAGAAACCAACCACAACGUAUAAAACGACACAUAAACAAACGACAACGCAGAAACCAACCACAACGUAUAAAACGACACAUAAACAAACGACAACUCAAAAACCCACCACAAAGUAUAAAACGUCACAUAAACAAACAACAACUCAAAAACCAACCACAAAGUAUAAAACGACACAUAAACAAACAACAACGCAAAAACCAACCACAACGCAUACAGCGACACAUAAACAAACAACAACUCAAAAACCAACCACAAAGUAUAAAACGACAAAUAAACAAACAACAACGCAGAAACCAACCACAACGCCUACAACGACACAUAAACAAACGACAACGCAGAAACCAACAACAACGCAUACAAUGACACAUAAACAAACAGCAACGCAAAAACCAACCACAACUCAUACAACAACACUUCAACAAACAACAACGCAAACACCAACCGCAACGUAUACAACGACACGUAAACAAACGACAACGCAGAAACCAACAGCAACGCAUAAAACCACACAUAUACAGACAACAACGCAAAAACCAACUACAGUGCAUACAACGACACAUAAAGAAAUAACAACGCAAGCACAAACAACAACACAUACAGCGGAACACAAACAAACUCCAACGCAUACACCAAGCAAAACGCGUAAAACGACAAAUAAAGAAACAACAACACAGAAACCAACCACAACACAUAAAUCGACACAUAAACAAAAAACAACGCAAAAAUCAACCACAAUGCAUAAAAUGACACAUAUACAAACACAUAUACAAACAACAGCGAGAAAAACAACCACAUUGCAUAAUCUUUCCACAACUACUAGACAAUUAACAACUGGUCCACACAGAGCUCCAGUAUCACAAAGCAGAUGCACGUUCUUCCCACAGUCGAAAACGUGCUUUUUACAAUUACAUUCUAGAUGGUCAAUACGUAAUGGAAGUUUUGUGUAUUCUCUUGGAUUUUACAACUUUACUAUGAAACCAGAAGGAGAUGAAUAUUUUGCUUUAUUCAAAGCAAUAACAUUGUCAAAAGAUGAAAAUGACACGAUAGCUUCGCAAACCAUGCUCGCUGGUAAAUACUGUCUUCGGUACAAGCUGAUUUCAUUUACCUCCCGGACCCAAAUGGAUGUUAUAAUCUAUACAACGUUAGGUGAAAGAGUCAUCACUUCAAUAAGUAAUCCUAGGAAUAACUGGACAGCGCAUGCAAUAUCGUUUUCGUCGUCAGCUAAUUUUGAGAUGCUUUUCCGUCCGAACGUCACUGAAACUGUUACUCACUCUGGGCAUCAUAUUCCUCCUCGUGUUUUCAUUGGACUGGAUGACGUGCAAAUUUAUCAAAUAAAUACAGAUAACGAGUGUAAGACAACAUCGGCUGCAAUGGCAACAACAAACAUAACAUCAUUAUCAAAAAAGACACCGACAACAACAUCAAUACUGACAACGGUAACUCCAACAACCGCACAGACGACUACCACGACAAUAACAGCAAAAUCACUUCAGUUAGAAGAUGUCAUUCACCCAGGUUGCUCUAGUCUUGGGUGGAAUAUAUCAGUUGACAUGGUGUUGCUAAGGAAAUUGUACCCACAAACCGUUGCUACCAACAUUUACUUUGGUGACAACACUUGUCGGGGUGUUAAAGAAGGAACUCUGAUGUUAUUUCAGCAAGGAUUCAAAGACUGCUUGACUUCUGAGCGUAUAUCUAACGGCGUUUUCAUUUACGACAAUGACUUAUUCUAUGCGAUCUAUGAUCCAAACAAUCCAUUUAUAAUUCGCCAGUAUAAAUGGACGUACUCUAUGGAAUGUGACGUCAGUCGGAACGAAGUGACGUCAUCACAUGUACAUCACGAUAUCGAAGCCCAUCAUUCAGCUGUAUCGAGCCAUUACGCUAUAAGCAUGACGUUUUUUAAAGAUUCUAAUUUCAUGAAUCAGUUACCUGGAAACCCUAUACACGUCAGUGUUGGCGAUGAGGUGUAUGUGAAAGUGUUUACCACCGUUCCGGACUGGUCAGUGAAGAUGAGGCUUCAUACGUGCUUCACCAAACCAAAUGACGAGUCCUCGGAGAGUACAAAAUACUAUGUUAUCAAGGAUGGGUGUGAAAUUGACAGCAACACCCACAUUAUAUCACAGUCAACCCACGAAACACGAUUCGUUUUUCAAGAUUUUGUAUAUUCAACGAACAAGGAAGGUUUAAACAUAUACUGCAAUGUGACUUUUUGUGAGACAAAAGAUAUUACACCAGGAUGCACGCAAUUAUGUACAUCUAAAGAGACAAAGGCUCUGAUUGGGAAAUGAUCAUGUUGGAAUUUAGAAACAGUGUUUUAAAACUAUUUUAAAUGCAUUGGUAUGAUACGUUCACUCGUGUACACCAUAUUCCGAGUUUUGAUAUUUGUAUUCUGUUUCUGGAACAUCCUCCUGUCUUAAUUCUAAAAGCGCAUUUCGCGAUUCUUAAUUAUGCGACAUAAAUUCGAAAGGAACUUGGUAGGAUAUCUAAAUAAUUAUAUAUUAUACUAAAUACACGGCGUAGUCAAAAGUAUUUUACAGUUGUUGAGUUGUUUACUGGGU